AGGCGCACCCCCACAUCCGGGAACGAGAAGCAGUUGGAGGAGGCGAAAGAGAACGCUGAUACCGGAAGUCUCCCUGGCUCAAGGAGGAGGAAGACUUGCUGGAGGAGCAGCCGCUGGCCACCCUUUGGCCCCGCCCCGCAAGAGAUGGACGUGAAUCGGGGCCGCGCUAAGGCGGGCUUUGGCCCUUAACGACGAGUCGACGGCUCUAGAGGAGCAGAAGCAGGGUUCGUCCGGGUCACUGGCGGGAUGAGAGAACUUGCCUUUGAGGGGCCGCUUGAAACGGUGCUGGGGAGCGUCUGCCCCGUGACGGUUGUCAUGGUGUUGGUGCAGUCUAUGCCAUUCGUCAUUGGCUUUUGUUAGCAAUUUCUCCCGAUGAAUGACCUGGAAAUGAGGCAAGCAAGGAAAAGAGGUGGUGAUAUUUUGUUGUGAAUAUUUGAGCCUUGAGAGCUCAACUUUACAAAAUGAAUGAAAGUGGCAAAUCAUUAGAAGAGAAUACAGAGGAGGAGACAAAGGAUUAUAAGGACUUUGCUGAGAGCUUUAACCAGCUUGAAUUGUUGGAAACUCACAGGCAUUUAAUCCCCACGGGAACACAGAGUCUUUGGUCUGGAGAUUCUGAUGAGGAAGACCAAGAUGAAAAAACUGAGGAAUGGUACCAAGCUCAAGAGAAAAAAAUGGAAAACAACCCAGACAAGCUUCUCCUUUGGGCAGCUGAAAAAAAUAGGCUUCUCACAGUGCAAAGGCUCCUAUCUCAAAAUCUGGCUCCUGUAAAUGUCUGUGAUGAAGACCAAUACACCCCUCUCCACCGGGCUGCCUAUAACGGACACUUGGAAGUUGUGCGCGAGUUGAUUGGCCAUGGUGCAGAUGUUCAUGCAUUGACAGUGGACAGCUGGACACCACUACACAGUGCAUGCAAGUGGAACAACACAAAGAUUGCGUCAUUCUUGCUUCAGCAUGGUGCGGAUAUCAAUGCUCAGACCAAUGGCCUGCUGACACCAUUGCAUCUUGCAGCAGGAAACAGGGAGAGUAAGGAAACCCUUGAGCUCUUGCUCAUGAAUCGCUAUUUAAAGCCAAAUCUCAGAAAUAACUUGGAUGAAACGGCCUAUGAUAUCGCUCGAAGGACUGACAUAUAUCAUUACCUGUUUGAAAUUGUUGAAAAUUGCACAAAUUCUGUGGCAGAUUCUUAGGAGUUGUAACCAUUUGAAUGUUAAAACACACUGCCAGCGCCUUUGUAAGAAGUACACUUUGUAACUGCACUCAAAGUUGGUGCUUUCAACCCCACCUCUCGGCAUAGCUUUACUCUCUGAGAUGCUGAAAUGGGUUCUCAUUUUGUGAAGAUGUCAUUAUUUUUAUAAUAUAAAGUACACUACCCUUAUAUUUGUGAAACAUUUCCACUCUUACUUGAAAAGCUUUGGAGGAAUCUCAAGUACCUCAAGGCUGUUUUCCAGUUUAAGCACUUAAAACAGCAGGAGUGUUGCUCAUUGAAAUGCAUGCUUGGGUAAGCAAAUACAGUUGCUGAAAUUGGCCAUCUCUCCUUUUAAAAGCAUGGAGGAAAUAUUGAGACCUAAUUGCUGGCUGCUGGACAUGUUUGAACAGAAACGAAACCGGAGAUCAAAUGACAUUACAGCUAUCAGCUGGUCAUCACCAGAUAAUUACACAUUCUUGGCUAUUAAAGCGCAAGCCAUUCUGAAAUCCAGCAGCAUAACGUUACGGCCAGCUUUCAAAGGCCUACUCUGGUGUCUCAGUAAUACCUGCCACAAAUUAUCCGUCGAUCUUCAAAACAUAAUAUUUUGUGGUCACAGUUGGCUUUUUAAAGUGAAAACGCAAACAUCUACACAGGGAAAUGUGCAAGGACUGUAUUUCCAGUACACACAUUAUAGGGGAAGAGGUGUGUGUGUGUGGGGGGGGUGUUAAUAAAACCCACAUGCCUCACCCCCAACUCCCACUAGUUAGCCAAAUCAUACCUCUCCCCAUAGUUAGGGAUGUGCUUGAAUCUGUUUGGUGCCUCCCUUGGGGAAGUACCGAACUGGCUCGGGCACCCACAUUCAAACCAGUUUAGCAGGACAGGUAUCGGUUCCCUUAAAAGACAGGUCCUUCCCUGCUCCUCUGCCACCCCACCACUUUUCCGGAUGUGGCACUUGCUUUACAAAAGACUGCAUGGCUGCAGCCUUGUGCAUGCUGAAGCCACAUGCAGGCUGCUGGGAGCAGCGUCACAGCCACACACGGCCUCUUAUAAAGCAAGCACCAUGCCCGGAAAGGCAGUGGAGCGGCAGAGGAGCAGGUAAGGGCCUGCCUGCCUUUUAUGGGAACUGAUCUCUGCCCUGCCCAAGCCAGAUCAGGCACAUCUCUGCCCAUAGUCUUCUGAAAACUAUAGCUAAAGGGGCCACACAAAAUAAGAGGGCUAAGCCCUCUCUGUAAUUUGAGCACUAUUAUUUCCUAAGUAGGUUCCUAUAUCCUUGCUGGGUUCCAUUCACUGAUUUAUGUCUUGAAAAUGACUGAAUAAUUAGUCAUCAAGUAAUGUUGACAUAUCCAGGUACUUAAGUAUUUAUUUUACAAUCAUUACUUUAUCUGAAGUGGUCUAAAAAUGCAAGUACCAUGAGAUUCCAGGAGUUGUGUGGUAGUACCCUGUCUGUCUUCAGCCUAGUUUACACAUACUUGCCUUUCUCAGUUACAUUUUUGUUUACAGGAGUAGGUUGUAGAACACUUGGAUGUCAUUCAUGAGCAGUGUAAGAAAUAGCCUGUAGUCAAAUGCAGCAGGUUACUAGUCCUGAAAAUAUUUGGGGCGGGUUUGCAUUAUAGUUUUGUACAUGUGAGUUUGGAGAAAUUCAUGUAAAAGGUGUAUGUUGUCUCAAAAGGUCUGCACAUACCAACUUUCUUCUAACUCUGUACCCAGUUUGUCUGGUACAAACUUCAUAUAUAUCUUAAGUUUCUAUUUGCAUGUACAAAGGCAAAUGUGUGAAACAGCAUUCUGUGUGUUAGAAACACACAAUGCAGUGAUAUGUAGAGGAUGUACUGUGUGAGAGAGAGAACUUAAAUUGCAGAAGUGAGGGCAGCAGAGAACAGGAUCACAUGUGUGCUAUGCUGCUGUUUGAGAGUGUCUUGUACAUUCUGUUCACCACUUUGAAUGUCUUGUAUGAGUUAACCUUAAGUUAAGGUAAAUAUCUGCAUUCAGAGUGUGGCUUGCUGUGGUGUUCCGUUGCUCCAUUUACUGUAGAAUCAGUCCUCCUAUUUAUUGAGGCUAUCUUGGACUGUAAGCCAAAACUCACUUAACCCCGAAGCAGACCAUAAUAUUCAGUGGGAGGUUACUGAGGAGCCUGGAGCAAGUGGCUUAUGUACUUAAAGCCCUUAAUACUGUUGUUGGAAGCCCCAGUUUUACAAAUGUACGCCCCUUUGAAGUCAGUGGAACUUUAUCAAAUGUGAAGGUGGUUAGGUUUGAGGCAUUACAAUGGGGUCAGUAAACUGCUUGAGCUGACAUAUUUGGAAUUACUAGGCCUUGAUCCUAUUUACUUAGAAGUAAGUUCCACUGAUCUCAUAUGUGCUUUGUAUAAGGAUUCUGGUAUUGCUAAAAUGAGAAAAAUAGGAUUGAUUUUCCUAAAAGUACUUCACUAGAAAAAAGGUCUCGUUAAAAGUGGUGGGAAGUACUUAAUGAGCUGUUUAAUAUCUAGGCUGCAAAGUCAGCUAUUCCAAGCACACUGGUGUUUCGGGGUUUGAUUUCUACAUCAGUUUUAAGUAUCAGUUCGUCAAGUGGCUUGCAGAUAACGCCUUAAGGCUCCAGUACAGAUUUAAAUCACUUUGAAACAGUUUAACUGUAACAGCGUCCCCUAAAGUACACCGAGAAUUGUAGUUUCUUGUUGGAAUGCUUAGGAUUCUUCAGAAAGACUGCUAGCCACACUUAACUACAACUUCCACAAUUCCUUGGUUGGGGACAAUGACCAGUAAACCGGUUUGAAACCACUUUAAAUUUGUUGUGUGGAUAUGGUAACUUGUAAUAUGUCUUCAGAUUGUGCAGAGAUCUACUGUAACUGAAAACUCCUAAAGAACUAGUGCUUUGUUACCAAGGAGAGAACUGGAGUACGUAUUUAUUGUAUGAAAUAACAGCUGCUGUUAAAAGUUGACUUUAAUUUUUAUUCUUGUGAGAUACUUAAGUUUUUGAAAACUGCAUGGAAACUGAGACUGAAUGUAAUUGAACUUAUACAGGUAACACUUGAAAUGCAGUAUACUGUAAUUCUGCUGUGAGUCUUAUUUAAAAAUAAAAUAUUUAACACUCUGA